AUGAAACGUCCAGCCGCCGAAAGCAGCCUCAAACCGGCCAUCAAGGAGUCCAAGACUAAGCGUUCUCGUACAGCAGGACACCCCACCCAGGUCUCGGUCAAGCUCGAGGCAGAAAGCGAGGGCGAGCCCGAGCUCACCAAUAACGACGACGACGACGAGAGCUCCGAAAGCAAGCCGCAAGUCAAGGCCAAGCGCAAGCAGCCUACCCCGCGCGCCAAGCCACCUCCACCUACCGGUGAAUGGACCGCCGCAAAGCGCGAGAUCUUCAUGGACCGCGUUAUCGAGGCUGGAUACAAGUCGCUCGACCUCGCUGCGCUGGCUGAAGAGCAGCUCGCCAACCAACUUGCCCACGGCCGCAAGGGAAGUUUCCGCGACAAGGCUGUCAAGCUUAUCAAGGGAGAGGAGAAGUAG